AUGGAUAAUGAAAUCACUUUCCUGGGAAGAAAGGACAGAGGAGUACAAAUUGAAGGCUCCCAAAUCGUGGAAACUUCGUCAUACGUAUACCUCGGGCGUUCUAUGAACAUGGAAAACGACUUGAAGGAAGAACUGAAUAGAAGAGUGAGAGCAGCAUGGGCAUCAUUCGCAGCCUUCAGGGAAGGAACUGACCAAGAUCUUCGUACCCAUCUGUUCGACUCGACAAUCCUUCCAGCGCUCUGUUACGUAGCGGAGACGUGGGCAGACACCGCUGCCACGUCUAGGAAGCUACUUAUUACCCACAGAGCACUUGAGAAAUGUCUUCUGAAAUUUAGCCGGCGCACACAACACCUAGCCGGUCCUCGCAGCUCCGACUUAAGAGGAAUGUCCCGUCUUCGCGACCCACCGAAAUAUAUAUCGAAGGCAAAGCAUAGAUGGGCCGGUCACAUAAUGAGAAGAAUCGACGAUAGAUGGACUAAAAGAACGCUAGAGUGGAUCCCAAGAGAUGCUUAA